GCAGUUGUAUAUUAAUAGUGGUGGUGUUUACAUGGUUUCGGUGUAUACGUACUUUAGAAAUACAUAAGCAUUUUAAUGAUUUAAUAUCACAAGCGGAUAUAUUUUAAUAAGUGUUUAAAAAAAGUUCAUCGUCACCUGUGUUAAUCUUGUGUUACAUAAUAUUACAUCGGAUAUAAUUGAGGUGAAGACUAAUCGCUGCAAUUAUAGCAGACAUUAUAAUUACUACAAAAGUCGUCGAAAUUUUAAAGAACAUAAAGAUAAAUAUCUCCAACUGUAGAUGAAAUUUGAUAGGUUAUGACGCAAUUAACUGUUAUAUUAAGUUGUACGACACUAAAGAAAUGAAUGAUAUUAUUGAAAUAAGUGAUUCAGAGGAAGAGAACGUCGAAAAGGACAUGGAAAAUUAUUAUAAACUUAAAAAAGAUCCUGAAGGUGGAGAGAGAGAAGAUUGUCACUCUGCAGCAAUAAAUAAUAAUAUUGGUCCAACAAAUUUCUACCAAACGAUAUUUGAAAUAUGUGGUAGCUUGACAUCUGAUGAUGUCAAAGCCUUUAAUAAGAUUUUGGAACAUUCAAAUCCAAAUAAAAGCGCAAAAUUAGAAACCGGAGCUGUAGACUAUUCUGAAGAUUUAGCUAGAGUCAGAAACUUUACAAUCAAUUGUAACGAUGUCAAAAAAUCUGAAGAUUUCGAUGAAAAUUUUCAACGUGUCAGAAAUAAGUUUCGAAAUAUGUUGAAGUUUGCUGAAACUGAUGACUUCAAAGAUAAUAAGCCAACUUACAAUAAACCAUACUUAAUCGACUUACCAAAUGCCCCAAUAAAAUUGUACACUGAAUUACUUCCAAAUGACCCACGGCGAAACUACAAAAAAGUAGAAUUUGUGAAAAAUGAGGUUUUCGAUAAAAUUUCAAAGUCUUCUAAGAUAAAUCCAGAUCAUAAAUCAGGUCAUAAAUCAAGAAAGCAUUCUUCAAACACAUCUUCCAGAAGUUUAUUAAAAAAGGAAGAAAAAAAUAAAAAGCUAUCAAGUCGUGAUAAAAACGAUAUCGAAAGGGAAAAAAAAUUAGUUAAAAAGGAAGUUCGCCAAGUCUUUAUAAACAUUUGCACUGAAUUACAUCCAAAUUGCUCAUGCAAUUACAAAAAUUGCUUUUCAGUUAAAGAUCUUACAUUAAUUAAUGAUCAAAUAAACCAUAAUAUUGACGUUUCAAAUUCAAUUGCAAUUUCCUUAAAAGAAAGUUCUCAUAAAUCAAAACACCAUCGUUCUAAGACAGCUUCUAAAAGUUUAUCAAAAGAAAAUGAGAAACUUUCCAAUAAAAACAAAGAUACAGGGAAAAAGAAUGAACAAGUCAAACUUAAUGUUUCUGACUCCAUAUCUACAUCAAAUAAAAAAAUUGAUCAUAAAUCAAAGAGAUACUCUUUAAAGACCACCUCAAAAACAUUACCAAAAGAUAUUAUAAGUUCUGACAAAAAAGUUGUCGAUAAAAAGAUGCACACAAAAUUAAUGAAAGAUGAUCAAUUAAAACUUAAUGUUAAGGUUCCCAACUCUACACCAACAAAAAACAUUGAUCACAAAUCGCAAGAACAUUCUUCAAAGGCAACAACAAUAAAACAUUUACUAAAAGAAAUUGCGCAACUUCCAGAUAGCAUAACAAAUUCUGAUAAAAACUUCAACGAGAGAAAGAAAAGGAAACACAAAAAUAAAGACGAUAUAUUUUGUCGGGAUAAAGUACCAAAAAAACAUAAACAAGGUAUUAAAAUAAAUCAUACAACAGAAUGUAUUGAUAACAUAAUGUUUGAAAAAACUGAAUCGUUGGUAACGGAAUCUCCAACAAAACAUACAGCGUCAAUAUCAAUACUAUCAAAUCUAUACAACAAAGCAACAUUAACAUUUAUAAAUACCCUAAAUGAUUCUAAAAAUAUCGCGAUACCACCCGAUUUUAAUGCACUUGUAAGAAAAUUUACUGACUAUCUUGUGUGGUUUUUUGAAAUAACUAAACGUAUAAAAAUUCUAAAUUGUUUAACUCAAUAUCGAGACGACUUAAAGCAAAAGUUUAGAGAUACUUGCAAACGUAUUCAGUGUACAAAUAUUGACGUGAAAGAACUAAUUAAGAGAGUUUUUGAAAAAAUUGCUAUGGCCAAUAUUCGUUGUUCGAUGCGUGACGUUAUUUCGACGUUGAAAAUUACUUUUGAUGGAAACAACACAAACGAAUUGUGUAGAAAAAUUAAUCAAUUGGUGGAGAAGGAAUCAGAUUCCUUUUUAAGCGAGAAUAAAAAUAUAGAGCUAAAUGUUGAUGGUGAUGAUUCUUUGAUAACUGUUACUAAAUACAGAAUUACUUCACCUUAUUUGCCAAGUGAAACCAGUAAUUUAGGAGAUUUGGCAAAAGGUACUGCUACAACAACAAAUUCACCAAUUAUAUAUAGUUCACCAAAUAUUUUUCAACCAUCACGCAAAAUAAUUAAACCAAAAAGUCAGAGACGUAAACGUGAUAUCAAUCCAGUUGUAUCGCAAUGUGAUAUCACCCGAAAUAUCGCCCCAAUUCAGUCUACUAUUUUAUGUUCUGAAAAUUUACAACUAAAUCAAACACUAUCUUCGCGGAGUUUAAAUCAAUCAAAUUUUAAUGGUUCCAAUCAACAACCAAAGCAUUGUCAAAUGACGUCAAAAGAAAAUCAACGUCAAGACCCCAAUAAUUUACUGCGACAAUCAAAUAUAAGAGAUCCUCCGUUUGUCAACAAAAGUCAAGGAACUCUGUCUGUAAGGAAGGAUUUAUUUAAACCAUAUUUAAAGAAUAUGAACAAUCGCGCCACGAAUAAAAGGAAUGUACUGAAAUUGCAAAUUUCGCAGAAUUCAAAGUCACGUACCACAUCAAUUGAUAGCGGUUAUGGCUAUAGCCCAGUGGACAAUUUAAGCUUUAAUUUACCAUGUAGCUAUUGUAAUAUGAUAGCUCUAUUUGAAUGUCCUUGUAAAAGAAAGGUGUAUUGUUCAUUGAUAUGUCAGAAAACCGAUUGGUACGCUACACAUGAAAAGGAACAUAAUUAAGCUAAAUCGUUAAUGUUCGUAAUUUUCUUUUAUAAUAUUUAUAAAUCAACGUUACACUUUAUCUAAGUAUUAUUUUA